AGUCACUAAUUUGUAAAGAAACGAUUCGGUUGCGUCACAGGAGCUCUCGCGGCUGCCUCCUUGGGGAUACCUUUAUAAAUAUUUUAAUUUUUAUUUGGGAAGAAGUGUUGGAAGUGAAUUUAUAUCAACAGUUUGUCGAGCAAUGCAACAAGGAUAUUUUGAAAUUGAUAGUGCAAGUGCCUCAGUUUCAGGGAGAGAGUGUUGCUAUUCAACUCCCUUUUCCGUAAAGGACAUUCUCAAUCUUGUGGAUCAGAAUGAUGAUAAUUAUUUGGGGUGUCACAUAGAAAGUGUUUCUCACCAGAAUUUCAUGGAUUGUGAUUCCGUUCCAUAUAUCGAUAGCUUCCCAGCAUCAAUCUCUCAUAGCUUUCUGCCACAUCAGAGUUACCAUCCAUCAUCGUACACCCCCAAUUUAUACGACUAUGGGUCACAUCAGAACCUUUAUACGAAUUAUCCAACAUCCUCCAGCAAUGGUCAUCUGGGUGGGACACCACCUCUACUCCAAACCAUGGACUCUGUGAAAACCAUCACACCCGGAAGUAACUUCCGCAGUCAUUCCGUCGCAUCAUCCGAUCCUCCUGAUCCGCGGGGGUUGUUUGGGAAUGAAUCAGAGAGUAGAACUCUCAAAGCUAUCGAUGACUAUGAGAUGCAGCCUUUCUCUGCAUCUUCCCAGCAGUCCGUGGUGACCUCUGAACAUGUGCAGGAAUUGGACAGCAUGUGUCAUCUUAGUGAGAACAAAGAGGAUAUUGUACAAGUCAAAGAUUCCACCAGCCAGUUAGUGACAUCAUCGAGGUGCGAGUUGCGGAAGAAUGGGAAAGUUCGUGCAAAGCGAAAGCCCAGGGUACUUUUUUCGCAAUCCCAAGUUCUCGAAUUGGAGCGUCGCUUCCGUCUGCAGCGAUACCUUUCGGCGCCAGAAAGGGAGGUGCUGGCACAAACGCUGAGCCUCACGCCAACGCAGGUGAAGAUAUGGUUUCAGAAUCGACGCUACAAGUGCAAGAGGCUCACCAUUGAAGGUGGGGCCACGCUCACCGUUGUGAAGAACGACGACAAACAAAUGGAUGGCGGGGAAAAGUCCGAUAUGAUCAGUACAAAGACAAUCCACUGCGGGCAAGCGCUCAACAAAGAACUCAGCAUGCUGCCCAAGAGCUCCACCUUCGUCAACAACCUUCCACCUCCCCCAUAUCCAGCCUACAAUUUCAAUCAUUUUGACCAUCAAUUCAGCCCUGCUAGCCACUCACACCCCUACAGUGGGUCUCCCUUUGAUCAAAAGCACCACUAUUGGAAUUGAGGCUUUUCUUCUCUUGCGGUGGGGGAGUCAUUUUGUGAAUAUGGAAUGUGGAGGACAAUUAAAUAGCUCGAUAAUGUAAACCAU